AUGCCUAUCGCCGAAGAAACCCCUGAUGCAAGAGACGACCUUUAUGAUUGCUGCAGUGACAGUUAUUAUUUUAUUUCGAUCAAUCUCCCUUUUCUAGCAAUCCUGAGUAAAUCCAAGAGAUAUAAUAAAAUAUUGAACAAAAUUGUCAACAUCAAUGAGGAUUGUUCUGAGGAUGUCUCCGAAGAGGAGCAGCAUGAAUUAGGCCAAAGCGAAACUGACACCGAGGAUUUAGCUGGAGAAAACAAGGAGAACAUUUGCCAAAGAUUAGACGCUUCAUUUCUGUCACCUUCAAGAUCGGAGGACGAAGAGUCCUGCGAGUCUAGGUCCACCGUGGCUUCAGUGACGUCCAGGAGGAAGAAACGGAAGAUUGUUAGUGUCACCCCGGAAGUGCCCGAUCACCUAAGGGCGCUGCUCCAAGCAACCUUAGCCAUGGACGUAAACGCGGAAGUGCUAAGACAUCUUACGGAGGUGAUGAAGGUGGCAGCCACCUCAUCCAACUUGAAGGGUACUUAUAUUAAGACCCUCUGGGACGCGGUAGGGUAUGUCAUGGCAGCUUGGACGGAACAAGUCGCCUCCUCCUCCUCGAGGAAGAUCCCAGGACCAGACACUAACCAAAGGCCUAGUAGGACGGAGGAAAAGAAGAAGCGAGAGACCUUAGAGGAGGAAAAUGAAGUCCUCCGAAAGAAGUAUAAGGAACUAUCGAAGAGAAUGGCGCGGAUGCAAGAGGGCACCUCGGGAGUUGCAGCAGCUGCAGCAGCCCCGGAGAAGCCGGUCCGACCAGAUCAGGAGAAAGACGACAUUAACCUGCGAGUGGCGACACUCGAGAGGCAAAUGGACAAACUGGGACCAUGGAUCAUCAGGGCCAUAGACGAGCUCCUGGAGGGCCUGAGGUUGGGGGUCGCGCAGCAGCGGAAGUCUGCAGAAUCGAUGGAAACGAGGAGCUACGCCAUAGCGGCUGGCAGCCGACCUCCCCCUCCCCCCUCACAGGGAGCCAGUAGGGGAAAGCCGGCCAGGGAGGAGGAUUGGCAGGUGGUGGUCCCUAGAAAGGCCAGGAGGAGGGCCCGCGAGGACACCGGGAACGGCGGCCGGGGGGUGACAGCCAAGCCCGGAUCAACAUCUACAACAUACGCACCCCCUCUCCCUCCGGCUCGUGUGCCGAGGAAAGGGGGUGGGAAGAAGGAAGGGUCUGGCAACAGGUCAAAGGCCGGAAUGAUGCCGAGGGUACCGUCUACAUGGGCGCCGGCUCUCCCGCAAGCCCCUAGAUCGUCCGCGGUGACCCUUACGUUAAGCGAGGGGUCGUCCAAGUCUUACGCAGAGGUUCUGGCCAAGGCGAGGAAGAGCCAGAUCCUCCAAAAAUGUGGGCUGGAAAAGGUCCAAUUGAGGAGGGCGGUGACGGGCGCAAUCGUCAUUAGCGUCCCAGAUGAUGCGGGGAAGGUGAAAGCGACGCAACUAGCAACUCACCUUUCCAAGGUUCUGGACGCCUCUACGGUCAAGGUAUGGGCCCCCACAACCAUGGCUGAAUUAAAGCUUGUGGAAAUCGAUAUAUCUCUGGAGAAGGACGAGAUACAGGAAGAACUGGCGAAGGUGGCAGGAUGUGAGGCUGCUGAGAUCAAGGUCUGGGAGACCGGAGCCUCGAGGAGCGGCAUGGGGACUGCUUUCGUUAAGUGCCCUGCUGCUGGAGCUCGAAAGCUGGCAUUGGCAGGUGCCUGGAACUGGGGAACGUUGGCGCUACUUGCGUGUCACCGGUGGAGCGAGCGCACCUAUGUUAUAGAUGUGGAGAGAGCGAGCACGGAGCUCGUGGCUGUAUGGCGGCUACCCCAAGAUGCCCCAUAUGCGAGUCACGAAGGGCACCGGCGAACCACAGGAUGCAGACCUCCCAAAGUGGCCAGGAGAGACAUCAGGAGAGCAACUGCUCGGAGAAAUGUCUCCGGGAAGAAGGAAGAAGGAGCCUCGGUCGGUGCAGUCACCGAGGCCAUGGCACAGGCCAGGAUCGCCUCAGCUACAGAGGCGACCCAAGGAGGCACUAGAAAAUGCAACCUAGGCAGGGCUAGGAGAGCACAGGACCUGCUCUACCAGACCAUCAGGCAGAGCGGGACUGAUCUGGCGGCAGUGGUGGCUGAGCCAUACAACAUCUCCGAAGCUUCCAACUGGAUAGGGGAUGUGAGUGGUUUAGUCGCCAUAACAUGGUCUUGUACGACCGGGAUCUCUGGUUCCCUCGUUGGGCGUGGGAACGGCUUUGCAGCAGUUCAGUGGUCGGAAUUCGUGGUGGUAAGUGUUUACAUCUCCCCCAACUGCGGAACUCGUGCGUUCGAGGAUUUCCUGGACGAGAUGGGAGAAUGCAUCAGGAGAUGUCUUCCCCGACAAGUUCUCGUCCUGGGAGACUUUAACGCGCACUCGACGCAGUGGGGCAACAACAGGACCACCGCGAGAGGAAGAGAACUCACCAACUGGACUGCAGGUCUGAGAUUGCUCCUGAUUAAUCAAGGCUCGGUGAGCACCUGUGUAGGAUGGAGGGGAACCUCGGUGAUUGACCUCACCUGGGCAACUCCGAGGCUCCACGCGAGGAUCCACAACUGGCGGGUGACCCUAGAGAUGGAAACACUAUCAGACCAUAUCUACGUGCUAAUGGAAAUCCAACCCGACGGCAAAAGAAGGUAA